AUGGAUUGUCGCUCCGCUCGCCGCCUCCGCUGCACGUCCAAAGCUACUCUGCCCAAAGCGCUGGGAGAGACUAUACGCCACUACCUCGCCGACGCGCGCGCAGAGGCGCAAGCGCGUGGUCUCGACAUUGCGCGGCUGAACGAGCCUAUGCGCUGCAGGGCGCGCGUGGGCCAGGGACGCUGCCGCAAAGGCGUGUCCGAGGCAGCCAUCACCCAGUACUGCUGCAAGCACCAGCGCGGCCGCAGCCUUGCCGAGCCUGGCGAUGGCGAGGUGGAGCGGGCGCUGCUCGGCGAGGCGCCGCGGGCAGGCGACGAGUACGCCGGCGAGCGAGAUGCCCAGCAGCGCUACCAUGGCAAUGGCGUCCUCCGCCGAGCCGAUUUUCCCGGACACUGCGUGGGCAAGUGCCAAGGCAGCUUCUACCGCGGGCGCUACCAUGGCAUGGGGCGCCGCCAGCAGGUCAUCUCCUACGUCGGCCAAUGCUUCCUGGGCACUGCGCACGGCAAGGGCAGGCUGACGUGGACCUCCCCGGGCAUGGAUGAGUGGGUCUACACAGGAGAAUUUCACACUGACCUGCCCCACGGCCAGGGUGUUUGGCAGCGGAGGAGGGUCAGAGCAGCGCUUCUUGGCGGUGGCACAGAGUUUCGUUACGAGGGCCGGAUCGCGUCCCCGCCGCACUCUCUUGGCGGCGUUCCCACAGAACACGCCACGAAUCAACGGGAGAGCCACUUCUAUUGCAUGUGCAAGCUGUGCACUAGCUCGAUGCACGGCCUUGGCGUUCGCACGGAUGCGAAUGGCGCCGCGGCCGCUUCCAUGGCUAUGGUGUCAAUACUCUUCCCGAUGGUGUGCGACCGUGAGACAGCGCAUGGCGAGGGGGCUGUGCUGCCGCACCUCCUGCGCCGCGAGAGUCUCAUCAUGGCGAAACGCACCCGCUGGACAGUUUGCGCGGUCGAUCGCGGCGGGCUCGACACCACAGCGGCAGUGUACAAUGCGAUCUGGGAAGGCUUGGGCGCUGCGGGCAGUCGCCGCCUCAGCGUCAGGCGGGAGGCCGGCGAAUAUUGGGCGCUGGUCUACAAAGGUGAUUCGGCCAUCGUUGAUCUGAGCAGCCUUUCCCAGGCGGCGAGUCCCACAGCUGCCUACGAAAUUCCAAAGCCGGGCGCAGGGCAGGCGGGAUCCCGUGCCAUCGUGGAUUUUGCUCGCGCCUGGUUCGAAGCCGAGGAGACCACAUCGAACAUGCGUGUGAUUGAGGAGCCCAGCGUCCGGUGCCAGCAGGUGCGCGAGGACAUGCGACAGCUGAGCGAGACCGAGCUCCUCUGCACCAUCGCCGACGCUCGCCAGGGUUUAGUGCCGGACGCCGACGCCAUCAAGAAGUGCAGCCCGGAGCUCAAGGCUCUGCGCGGCCGGGACAUGAAGAGGCAGCGCGCAGCGGAGCAGCAGCGCCAGGAUCCCUGCUACCGCGCGGUGCAAGCCGACGGGCUGCACAUGCCCACGGACUUCUGCCAGCCAGAGACCUGGAUGGGAAAGACGUGGUGCCCCCUCGCGGGUGAACGGAGCAUGGAUUUCCUCCACUGGCUCAAUAGCCGAGAACACCUCGAGCGAACCGCCGUCCUCUUAUCAGACGCCGGCUCGGCCAAGACAGCCAUCCUGCACGCAUCGGCGCAGGUGCUGGCCAUCCGCUACCAGGGCGAUUCGCGCAGCCCUUACUAUUUGUCUUCCGGCAACCCCAACGGGCUGAAGAGUGCUUACAGGAGGGGCUUGCUCAAGCCAGGGGUUCCCCGCAUCUUUGACGACUACGCGCCAAAGGGCAAUGCCCGGGCAGGGAGACAGCCGCUUGAAGAGUACCUCGUGAAUCUGCUGGACGUCAGCAACGGAGGCACCAUUGACACGCCGGGAGGCGUGCAGAUCGCGCUGCCGGCCGCCCCACAGCUCAUCGCGACCAACAGGGAGUACGAGAAGUGGAUCGAGGAGCUCAAGACGUUCGACAUCAAGCUGCAGCACGCGGUGUGCAAGCGCUUUGUCUUCUUCACGUUGCCCGACCGGGUGCUGGUGAAGGCCGCGCUCCAGAAGCGCCGCGAGGAAGAUAUGGCAGCGCUGGUCGAGGCAGGCCUCGCGCGUGAACGGAAGUUCCUGCGGAAGGCCGGGCGCGAUGACGUUUCCAUUGCUACAACGCCUAGCGAAGUGGACGGCGGCGACAUGUUGUCCAGCAGCGACGAUGUCGAGCAGAAGCUGCUGGAGGCGAUUUCCACGAGGAGAGCGGGCUUGCACGCGAAGCUUCUUGCCUUGGGUGUUCCAGACGCCCGCUUGCCAAGCGAAUCAGGAACCGACUCCCAGCAACGAGAAGACCUACGCGAAACAGACCCGUUGGACUUGAAGCACAGCCUGCGGCAGGUCGCGGAGAGCUGGUGGCAAGAGCGCACGGAACUAGAGGUCAUGCUCGCAGCGGCCGAAUCCAGAGCCACUGCUGCGCCAAGGACGCGGAAAGCUCCGCAAGACGGUGCUUACGGAGCGAAGCGCUUCAAAGUUUCGAGCCAGGCUGCAGGAAAAGCGCGCCAGAAUCCACCUGGCGACAACGCUGGAUUCCGCCGCGUGCAAGGCGCUGAGGAUUUCAAGGGAGUUGCAGAAAUCGUGGAAACAGCCUGUGCGGAGAAUCGCUGGAUCACGCAAGAGCACUCGAAGCAUCUCUCGGAUUUCUUGGCACACAUCGCGGCAGCCAGCUUCGCAUCCCCGGAACGGAGCAGGCAGACCCCAGCUGGCUACAAGUUCUUGCCUUGCAGUUUUCCGCACCCCAAUGCUUCGGCCAGAGCAAGAACCAGGGUAGCCAAGACAAUCGUCGACACUCUCGGCCCAGAUCUUCGCACCCAGAUCUUCGGCAUCGUGCUCUGGAGGUACCACAACGCCAGGGACGCGUGGGCAGCGCUCCAGCCUCUCUUGACAAAGUUUCGAGGGGGCGAGGACGUGCAGGCGCUGCGCCAAGGAUUAGGCAGGAUGUACGACAGAGAGCCAAAGAAAUUCUUCAGCACCGGCGACGCCAGGAGGAGCAGUGGCGGCCAUGGUCCUUGGAGGAACGCCGUGCUACAGUCAGUGGAGCGUUGGUGGGCGGCCGCGCGGACUGCCGCAAGCAUUUUGCAGGAUCCUGCGACCACGCCCACUAGUUGGCACGAGCGGUUCCACAAGGAGGUGCUGAAGGCUCUCCCCUGCUUCGGACCUUAUUGGGGUAAGUACGUCUUCGGGGAUGUAAGCGACCAUUUAGGUGCCGAGAAAGCGAACCUCCACGACUUCACGAUGAUCGGCCCAGGUUGCGAAUAUUGGCUUCGCUUCAUGGGGCUCCACCUGCAGGAUGCGCAGAAAGAUGGUCUGGCGGCGGUGCGCGAGCUCAGGGAUGUCGCGAACAAAGUCUUGGAGAGCGGCUUGCACGAGGGCAUUGAAAGAGCGCGUGCGGAGGCGCGACUGAUGCCGCUGACGGCAUACGACGUUCAGGUGCUCGGGUGUGAGUGCAAGAGAGGUUUUAAGAUGCCCGGUCGCAUCAAGAAGCAAAGGAAGGAGCUGCGGGAGGCGAUUUCGACGAGGAGAGCGGGCUUGCACGCGACGCUUCUGGCCUUGGGGGUUCGAGGCGUCCGCUCGCCAAGCGAAUCAGGAACCGACUCCCAGCAUCGAGAAGACGAGCGCGAAACAGACCCAGUGGACUUGAAGCGGAGCCUCCGGCACAUCGCAGAGAAAUGGUGGCAAGAGCGAGGCGAGCUAGAAGCUGCUCUGGCAGACCAGGCUCGCGAAGCUACGGAGGCGGCCUCUCCUCCGGCCAAGAAGCCACGCCGCGCGAUCACGCAAGCUCAUACGGCCACCGGAGCCGCAGCAGAAAUGCUCAGCAGCGGCGUCGGUGCCCCACCACCAAGCCUCUGCAACGUGGGCGACCACCCUCUGCGUGUAGGCACCGACUGCAGUGGCAUGGAGGCUCCGAUCCAGGCGCUACUCAAUCUGGGCGUGCGCUUCAAGCAUGUCUUCUCAAGCGACAAGGACAAGCACGUACGCGCCACCAUCAAGGCCAACUUCGAAACAGCCGUGCUCUUCGAGGAUAUGCUGCAGCGCAACCACUCGCAAGCGCCACCAUGUGACCUCUACGUCGCAGGCUUUCCGUGCCAACCAUUCAGCGCAGCAGGCAAGCAAGAAGGCUUCGCCGAUCCUCGGAGCAUGGUUUUCUACAGCAUCGUCGAGUACCUGCGCGCUCACAAGCCGCGCGCCGCAGUGUUGGAGAAUGUGCAAAGACUCACAAGCAUUGACGAGGGUCGUGCUUUCGCUGAGGUGCUCAGCCAGCUGCUGCGACUGGGCUGCUACAUGGUACAAUGGCGGCUGCUCAAUACCAAGGACCACGGCGUGCCUCAGAACCGCCCGCGAGUCUACUUCGUUUGCAUCCGCAAGGAUUUCUACCAGGAGGGUGCCUUUGAAUGGCCGGAGCCCAUCGAAUGCCCGCCAAUGGAGCGCUUUCUCGACCAGCGCGGGCCCAAACCCACCUUGUCGAAUUUGCAGCCGCCGCUACAGGAUCCGACCCUCGAGGAAAGAGCGAUCGAGGAGAAGUGGGCCUUCACUAUGGCGAGUCUUCUGCGCGACACUGAGCCACUGAAGCGCAUGUGCCUCUUCAAUUUGUACGGCAGCAUUGGUCAGUUUGAUUCGUGCAUGCUCGAGAAUCCGGAGAAGCUCAAAAGGGUGGUCUCGAAGACUCAGUGGCACAAGCAGUUCGGAAAUGCUAUAAGUGUAAACGUCGUCGAGCGAUUGUUGGUGCGCCUUCUGCCCGCGGUGGGGCUGACGGGUGCGCUGCCAGACCGUUGCGCCAGCGGCGCCGCAGUGGCGGAACUAGAGGCCACCUGUGCGCAGUUGCCAGAUGCUGCUGAGCCGUAG